GCAGUGGAGCCUGGCGCUUCGGGGCACAGGGACAGGGCUGAUACAAUGCCACACUCAACACUGGACUCUGGGGUCAGCCUGCAUGCCUAUGACAUUACGGUCGUUGUCAUCUACUUUGUCUUCGUCAUCGCUGUGGGCAUCUGGGCAUCUUCCCAUGCAAGCCGGGGAACUGUCGGAGGCUAUUUCCUGGCUGGGAGAUCCAUGAGCUGGUGGCCAAUCGGAGCUUCGCUGAUGUCCAGCAAUGUGGGCAGCGGCUUGUUCAUCGGUCUGGCUGGGACAGGGGCUGCUGGAGGCCUUGCUGUGGGUGGCUUUGAGUGGAACGCAACCUGGCUGCUUCUGGCCCUUGGCUGGAUCUUCAUCCCUGUCUACAUCGCAGCCGGUGUGGUCACAAUGCCACAGUACCUGAAGAAGCGGUUCGGGGGCCAGAGGAUCCAGGUGUACAUGUCCGUCCUGUCUCUCAUCCUCUACAUCUUCACCAAGAUAUCGACGGACAUUUUCUCUGGAGCACUGUUCAUCCAGAUGGCAGUGGGCUGGAACCUCUAUCUCUCCACGGUGCUCCUGCUGCUGGUGACGGCCGUCUACACCAUCACAGGGGGCCUCAUGGCUGUAAUCUACACAGAUGCUCUGCAGACGGUGAUCAUGGUGGGGGGAGCGCUGGUUCUCAUGUUUCUGGGCUUUCAGGAGGUUGGCUGGUACCCAGGCCUGGAGCAGCAGUACCGGCAGGCUAUCCCUAACGCCACAGUCCCCAACACCACCUGCCACCUUCCUCGGCCAGAUGCUUUUCACAUGCUGCGGGACCCUGUGAGCGGGGACAUCCCAUGGCCAGGUCUCAUUUUUGGGCUCACGGUUCUGGCCACCUGGUGUUGGUGCACAGACCAGGUCAUUGUGCAGAGGUCUCUCUCCGCCAAGAGUCUGUCUCAUGCCAAAGGAGGCUCUGUGCUGGGGGGCUACCUGAAGAUCCUCCCCAUGUUCUUCAUUGUCAUGCCCGGCAUGAUCAGCAGGGCCCUGUACCCAGACGAGGUAGGCUGCGUGGAUCCUGACAUCUGCCAAAGAGUCUGUGGGGCCCGAGUGGGAUGCUCUAACAUUGCCUACCCGAAGCUGGUCAUGGCUCUCAUGCCCAUCGGUCUGCGGGGCCUGAUGAUCGCCGUGAUCAUGGCCGCCCUCAUGAGUUCACUCACCUCCAUCUUCAACAGCAGCAGCACCCUGUUUGCCAUUGAUAUUUGGCAGCGCUUCCGAACGAAGGCCACAGAGCAGGAGCUGAUGGUGGUCGGCAGAGUGUUUGUGGUGGUCCUGGUCGUCAUCAGCGUCCUCUGGGUCCCCAUCAUCCAAUCCGCCAACAGCGGGCAGCUCUUUGACUACAUCCAGUCUAUCACCAGCUACCUGGCCCCGCCCAUCACUGCCCUCUUCCUACUGGCCAUUUUCUGCAAGAGAGUCACAGAACCUGGAGCUUUCUGGGGCCUGAUGUUCGGCCUGGCCGUGGGGCUCCUGCGCAUGAUCCUGGAGUUCUCCUACCCAGCUCCAGCUUGCGGAGAGGUGGACAAGAGGCCGGCUGUGCUCAAGGACUUCCACUACCUCUACUUUGCACUCCUCCUGUGUGGGCUCACUGCCAUCGUCAUCGUCACCAUCAGCCUCUGUACCACCCCCAUGUCGGAGGAAAAGCUGGCUCGCCUGACCUGGUGGACGCGAAACCACCCCCCUUCAGAGCUGGUGAAAGAGACCCAUGAGAGCACACGAGAGAUGCCCUCUGGGGUGGGCCCUGCAGACAGUGAAGUGCUGGCGAACUCUAGCCAUGACCAGGAGCAGCCUGCAGUUCCACGCAAGUCCUGGAGGAAGUUACUCUGGAAUUGGUUCUGUGGCCUCUCUGGGACCCCGGAGCAGGCUCUCAGCCAGGCAGAGAAGGCUGCUCUGGACUUUAUUGCAUAG